AUGCGUAAACGUAUUGAAGAGAAAAUUAUUACAAGAGCCAAUCAGCGAACUCGUAGUGGUGCGGCGCGGCAGUCGAGCGCGGGCAGACCACUACUCAUCUUGGAAGGAAACGGAUCGCUUAAAAAAGUGCGCGUGAAGACGUACCUACGUGAGUGCCAGUGUCAAUGCCACGAUGAAACGUCCGCAGAAAUUGACAGCAGGACGUUGGAUCGAAGGAGGAAGCUGAAGUGGAGGAUGCUAGAUAAUGGGACGACGACAGGACAACAAUGCAACAUGUAUUUCAAGGAAUGCGAAAUCGGGUCAGUUUGAAUUUUCACGCUACCGUCGCCGGACGUCCAGAUUCCAGAUUCCAGAUUCGGAUCUCAAUCGCUGGCAAAUGUUAUCAAAGGUGUAAACGUAAAUUCUCUGCGCGAUCAACCAUCAACCAUCGUCGCACGUCUAUUCCCAAGAAUCGCACAUCCUUGAUAUUUUUGAGACUACGAAAGACGUCUAAUCCCGC